AUGUGCCGAUGUCCGCUAUGCGUAGAUCCGCAUUCGAAGCAACGUUUGUUCCGCACCCAGGACAUACAUCCCACUAUUCACCCACGUCAAGUUAAGUGGAAUGGCAAUGAAUUGGAGAUCCAGUGGAAUAAAGACAUCCAAGGGUAUGGCCCGGAGCACACGUCUCGAUGGCCAUACUAUCAACUCUUGAACCCUGUUCAUGAUACCCACGACACUACCCAUCCUAGUAUGAGACCUUUCCGUUGGAACGCUGCAAUCAUGAGAAAGUAUCAACACUGGAUCUCAUUUAGCGACUAUAUGCACAGCGAGACGAAAUUCACAUUUGCGAUGCAUAAUCUGGCCCGUAUGGGUCUAAUUUUUGUCAAGGAUAUUCCUUCGUCUCGCGAGAUGGUGGAAAUGAUCGCCAAUCGUAUGGGACCGCUGCGGAAUACUUUCUACGGCUCGACAUGGGAUGUACGUACAGUCCCAGAGGCGAAAAACGUGGCUUACACCAACCAACACCUUGGGUUUCACAUGGAUCUCUUGUACAUGAACGAACCACCCGGCUACCAGCUCCUGCACUGUUUAGAGAAUUCAUGCGAAGGUGGUGAAUCGCUUUUCGCGGAUACUUUCAACGUUGCAUACAGGCUGUUGCGCACGCGUCCAGCCGACUACUGGGAGCUGACACGAAGGCGUUUUGGCUAUGAAUAUGUACACGAUAACGCAGUCUACUACAACACUUGGCCAGUCUUCGAACUAAAUCCGCUAUCAGGGGAGUUACAGAACGUCAACUACUCGCCGCCCUUCCAGUCUGCAAUUCCAACCUGGAAUUCACGUUUCGGGUAUUACAAUCGCACGACGUACGACAGGUUCUGGAAAGCUAUGCACCAUUUCACGAAGAACAUGGAAUCCGAGCAUUCUGUGUUUCAGUUAAAGCUCAAUCCUGGCGAGUGCGUCAUCUUUGCCAAUCGUCGUGUUGUUCACGCGCGCAAUAAGUUCAAUACGACGAGUGGCUCCCGUUGGCUUGCUGGUGCCUACGUCGAUCAAGAUGCGAUGCUGUCUCACUUUGCCCUUCUCAAGAAGAAUAACUUGAAAUCCUGGAUCAAAGGGGACCCAAGUAUUAUCAAUCAGCUCAUGCCCAGGGACUAUCAACAAGACUUCGAAAAGAAGUAG